UUCCGCUACUGUCUCAGACAAAGCGCCAUUUUCGGCGGCUCUGAAGCAUGCUGUUGUCAUACAGAUAAUAAGAAUCUAGACAUCUGGGACUUGCUUUUUCACUUUUAUUAGGUAAACAUGGGUCGAAAGAAGAAGAAGCAGCUGAAACCCUGGUGUUGGUACUGUAAUCGAGAUUUCGACGACGAGAAGAUCCUCAUUCAGCACCAGAAAGCAAAACAUUUUAAAUGUCACAUUUGCCACAAAAAGCUGUACACUGGUCCAGGCCUAGCUAUUCACUGCAUGCAGGUGCAUAAAGAGACUAUUGACAGUGUUCCAAAUGCAAUCCCUGGGAGAACAGACAUCGAGUUAGAGAUCUAUGGCAUGGAGGGGAUCCCUGAAAAAGACAUGCAAGAAAGGAGGCGUACAAUAGAACAAAAGUCACAAGAGAGUCAAAAGAAAAAGAAUCAAGAUGACUCUGAUGAAGACGACGACGAUGACGAAGCGGGGCCGUCAGCUCAGCAGACGCCUGGAGUGCCCCCGCAGACCGGAUAUGCUGCUCCAAUGACUCAACCUGGAAUGCCUCCUGUGGCUGGCACACCCGGAAUGCCUCACGUUGGCUAUCAAGGUAUGCCUCCAAUGAUGCCAGGAGUUCCUCCCAUGAUGCAUGGCAUGCCACCUGGCAUGCAUGGGAUGCCACCAGGAAUGAUGCCAAUGGGUGGCAUGAUGCCUCCCAUGAUGCCUGGAAUGCCCGGCAUACCUCCGGGUAUGCCGCCUCACAUGGCCCCGCGGCCAGGGAUGCCCCAUAUGGCACCAGUUACUGCUGCAGCAGCGAUACCCCGGCCAGCAGCACCUGCAGCUCAGCCUGCAGUCACAAAACCUCUGUUCCCAAGUGCAGUACAGAUGGGCGCUGGUGGUAAAAACACAGCAGAGGUUUCCUCCCCACCUGCUGACUUUCUUAACACAUCACAAGCCCAGCAGAGCACCGCCGGAGCUGCAGCUACAAACUCCUUCACCACCCCUGCUGCCUCUGAUGCACCCAAAGCGACAUUCCCUGCGUACACCCAGCCCUCUGUCUCUUCUUCCGCUUCUUCUAACCCCUCUAGCAGUACUGUGGCUAAGCCCCCGGCCACAGUGACCAGUAAACCUGCCACCCUCACCACCACGAGUGCAACUAGUAAGUUGAUCCACCCUGAUGAGGAUAUCUCACUGGAAGAAAUGCGAGCACAACUCCCUCGGUACCAACGUCUGGUCCCCAGACUGGGCCAGGCCCACGUAGCUGCCCCCCCUGUGGCGGCUGUGGGCACAAUGAUGGCUCCACAGCCAGGCUUGCCCACACAGCAGCCAGGCAUGAGGCAUCAGAUGCAUGGCCAGUUCGGUGCUCCUCCACAAGGCAUGCCUGGCUACAUGCCGGGAGGGAUGCCUCCUUUUGGACAGGGUCCUCCUAUGGUCCCUCCAUUCCAGGGAGGACCCCCUAUGGGCAUGAGGCCGCCUGUUAUGUCUCCUGCCGGACGCUACUGAGCCAGCAUCGCAGCCAUCAUAUUAGGUUUGAGGUUAACACCUUUCUCUCAUCCUUGUGCUAAUUGAAUGCUAGCUGCUAGCUAAUGGCAGACCAGAGCUAAGACCAGUGGCGAUGGAGAGUAAAUAUUCAUUAAAACACAUGGACAUUUUUGGACAACACCACACAAGUUCUUGAAGCUGUUUUUCUUGCUUACGUGUGCGGAUGUAAUUUUUUUCCCCCCAUAGGUUCCACUCAGGUUUCUGUAAAUGUGUUGAAAUUAUGUUUCUUUUGAAGCUCCUGGAGUUACAUGAACGUUCCAACCCCUUACAAAGGCAAGUUCAUCUUGUAAACUUUUGAUCCUUUCUCUGCUCGAUUGAGCCCCUCACAGCAUGUUUAGGUGCUGUUGGACUUGCGUCCCCAACCUUGGUUGGUGAGGGUCUCUGAGAUGAUUCCAGCUUAGUCGUGCUGCAUUUGCUACAAGUCACUCAGUUUACGCUUCUAUCAAGUUUGUUUGAAGAUUUCCACUCAGACAGGUUACUGUGUGCAUCCUUUGUAAUGUUUUAUGAAUCUGUUGUAAUAAAAUCCAUCUUGAAAUCCA